AUGGUAACAGUUUACGUGGAUGAUCUGCUUAUAGCAACGAAUGAUAAAAAGCUGUUGAAUCAAAUAAAGAAGUCGUUGGCAGAAACGUUUGAAAUGAAAGACCUUGGAAAGGUUAGCAAAUACGUUGGAAUUGAGUUCAAGCAAGAUAUGAAACAAGGAAAAAUAACGAUAAAUCAAAAGGAGUACAUUGAAUCAGUUCUGAAACGUUUUGAUAUGCAAAAUUGUAAACCGACUACGACACCAAUGGAGUUACAAAUUAAAUUGGAGAAACCGUCAAAACCAGAUCCAGAAGUUAUGCAGAAGUACCCAUAUCAAAGUUUAAUCGGUGCACUUAUGUAUUUGGUGGUUAAUACAAGGCCAGAUAUAGCAUAUCCAGUGAAUUUCUUGAGUCAAUUUAAUUCAAAUUAUAAUGCUAAACACUGGCAAGCGGCUAAAAGAAUUUUGCGAUACUUAAAAGGAACAAUCAAUCAAGGCCUUCAAUACAAGAAAAGCAACGUCCCACUGUAUGGGGUAGUAGAUGCUGAUUGGGGAUCAGAUUUAACAGAUAGACGAUCGUAUUCUGGGUUUUCAUUUAUAAUGUCUGGGGCAGCAAUUACAUGGGAAGCUUGUAAGCAGAGAACAGUGGCUCUUUCUAGUACUGAGGCUGAACUUCUUGCAAUAACAGACGCUGUUAAAGAAGCAUUGUAUUAA